UAAUCAAACAAACUCAACUUCACUAAUUUGUACGUACUUUCUCAUCUAUUUAUCCCACUAUAUAUAAACACUCCAAAUACAUAAGUCAUGUAACACUUUCCUUGAAACUUCCUUGUUUUGAUAUCUAUUCUAUUAUGAUGUCAAUUUUAAAAGUAAGACAACAUAUCAAAAAAUAAUGUGAAUAUGUUCAUUCUUUUUGUUUAGGCAUAUCAUAUCAUAGAGUUCCUAUCAUAUCAAUUCGUCUAGCUAAUAAUGGCUGGUAUGUUACCUGGAGUUGAAACUGCUAGAAGAAGAAGAUUACAUGGUUCAUGUGAUCCAUCAACUGCUGUUAUUGGAUCUGGGUAUGGAUCUUUAAGAUCCACUAGACAACUUUCUCAUGAUACCCAUUUUACACCUACUUCUUUCUUGCAAAGAAGCAUGGUGAAUCAAUUAGAUGACGAUUAUAAGUUAGGAGGGGUAGCUAGAGAAGCUAAAGAAAGGCUAGAUGGGAGAUUGAGAGGUCACCUAAAACAAGAUAUUUCAAGAAAUAAUGGCCAAGAAAGAUUAAGUGGUGGUGGAAGGAGGACAACUAGUACUCCUAUUGUGAUGGAAAAUUUUGUGUUGAAAAAGAACGGAUUAAAGAGGCUUAGAUGGGGAAGAAUGGGGUUGAGUUGGAAGACAUCGAAGCAAGAUGAUUGCGCAAUUUGUUUGGAUCAAUAUAAGGCUAGCGAGAAGAUAUCGCUCUUGCCUUGUACCCAUCGGUUUCAUUCAGACUGUUUGUUACCUUGGCUAGAGAGCAAUGCACAUUGCCCAUGUUGUAGAGCAACUAUAUUUUGUUCCAACUGAUCCUAUUAUUUGCUCAAUCUUUGUUAUAAAAAUAUAAUAUAUCGAGUAUGUAAAAAGAAGAUCGUGUUCGCUUUAGGAUUGCUUAAUGUGUCCCAUAGGAAGGAAAAAAUCGAGUUAUUAAA